AGGAGCACUGGUUUACCAUCACCCCCGCGGGGAGAGUGGAGGGCAUAAUAUAAUAUAUAUGGCCGAAUCCAUAUAAAUAAUAAUUUUUAUGUAAUUAUUUAUUUUUGAAUUUGAUAUAAAGUAUUAAAGAUAUUUUUUUCUAUUACACUAUGGUAUUUUACUAUAAGAGAGUCCCUAUAAUUCGGGGCUUGUUUUCUCGACCGAUAGACGCGCUAAACCAAUCUCCCAAUCUUGAGGCGCUAAACCAACACGAUCCUCUGCAUCAUCGUCUUUAAAGAUAAACGUUUGUUAACCAUUUCAACGCUGUAAUCUCGCUUCUCCCAUUCAGAAUUGGUUUUGCAGGGUCUUCUGUCCUCCACCUGAAUUCUCCUGUUCUCGUCGAAAGGAUUCGCGUCAAGAUGGCAGCUCGCCGGAUACCAAUGCUGGGGCUCGUGUUCCUAUUGUGUUGGGCAGCGACUACACAAGCAGAAUAUAUGAAGUACAAAGAUCCUAAACAGGCGGUGAAUGUUCGAAUAAAAGAUCUGAUGAAGCGCAUGACUCUCGCUGAGAAGAUCGGUCAGAUGACACAAAUCGAGCGAGCAAACGCCUCCUCUCGAGUCUUGAAAGACUACUUUAUAGGCAGCAUACUCAGUGGAGGGGGAAGCGUUCCUGCUCCUCAGGCCUCUGCCAAGGAUUGGGUGGAGAUGAUCACUACGUUUCAGAAGGCCUGCCUGUCAACACGCUUGGGAAUUCCCAUGAUUUAUGGGAUCGAUGCCGUUCACGGCCACAACAAUGUCUACAAUGCAACCAUAUUUCCUCACAACAUUGGCCUCGGAGCCACAAGGGAUCCUGGACUCGUGAAGAGGAUUGGUGCGGCAACCGCACUCGAAGUUCGAGCGACCGGCAUUCCUUAUGCUUUUGCGCCUUGCAUUGCGGUUUGUAGGGAUCCAAGAUGGGGCAGGUGCUACGAGAGCUACAGCGAGGACCACAGGGUUGUGCAGGCGAUGACACAACUCAUUCCUGGUUUACAGGGAGAUGUCCCUCCGAACUACGCCAAGGACUUUCCCUAUGUUGCAGGAAAGAACAACGUGGCAGCUUGCUCCAAGCACUUCGUUGGCGAUGGUGGGACGCAGAAAGGAAUCGAUGAGAACAACACUAUCAUCGAUGCCCACGAACUCCUCGGCAUUCAUAUGCCUGCUUACAUCGACUCCAUCGCCAAGGGUGUGUCCACCGUCAUGGUCUCCUAUUCAAGCUGGAAUGGAGUUAAAAUGCAUGCCAACCGUCGCCUGGUCACCGGCCACCUCAAGAAGAAGCUUGGUUUCAAGGGGUUUGUGAUCUCAGACUGGCAGGGCAUCGACCGGAUCACCACUCCGCCUGGUGCAAAUUACACCUACUCUGUUCAAGCUUCCAUUACUGCAGGCCUUGAUAUGGUGAUGGUUCCAUAUGACUAUCCUGCGUUCAUUGGUACUCUGACGAAUCUCGUGAAUCAAAAGGUUAUCCCGAUGAAACGAAUCAACGAUGCCGUAAGAAGGAUCUUGAGGGUGAAAUUUGUCUUAGGCCUCUUCGAGAACCCUCUGCCUGAUCCCAGCUUAGGCGAUCAAAUCGGGAAACAGGAGCAUAGGGAAUUGGCAAGAGAAGCCGUCAGGAAGUCACUGGUGCUGCUGAAAAAUGGGAAAUCGAGCAACGAGCCAUUGCUGCCUUUGCCUAAGAAGGCUGAUAAGAUCCUCGUCGCCGGAAGUCAUGCUGAUAACAUAGGUUACCAGUGUGGCGGUUGGACUAUAGAGUGGCAAGGAGGCAGUGGCAACAUCACCGGUGGUACCACAAUCCUGGACGCCAUUAGAUCCACGGUUCACCCGGCAACCAAUGUCGUGUUCUCCGAGAAGCCCGAUGCUGAUCUCGUGCAGAGUAAUCACUUCUCCUACGCCAUUGUCGUCGUCGGGGAGCCACCCUACGCCGAGACCGCGGGCGACAGCCUCAACCUCACCAUUCCCGAACCAGGCCCGAGCACGAUCCAGACGGUCUGCGGCACCGUGCGGUGCGUGGUGGUACUCAUCUCCGGCCGGCCCGUCGUCAUCGAGCCGUACCUCCCGGUGAUGGACGCGUUGGUGGCUGCAUGGCUGCCGGGCUCCGAAGGUCAAGGGGUGGCCGACGUCCUCUUCGGGGACUUCGGGUUCACGGGAAAGCUUCCUCGCACCUGGUUCAAGUCGGUGGAGCAGCUCCCCAUGAACGUCGGUGAUAAGAACUACGACCCACUGUUCCCCUUUGGUUUUGGCUUGACGACGAAGCCGGCGGCAGCAGUGCAGAAUUGAGCUCCAGGAAGAAGAACUCCACCUUCUUCCUUCUCUCCACAUUUGGCCUUAAUCAAUGUAAUUUAUUGGUUCUGCGCUUGGCUAUAAUCUUCACAUACCAAAUCGAACGAUCCUGGCUUUAAUUGAUGAAACAUAU